AUGAGCACAUCAGUACCGAACGCGACAGAUAAUUUCGGUGGGAUGCCACCGAAACUUUGCACCUUUUCGGUUGGAUUUCACCGUAACUUAUUGCCAACCACAAAUUUAAUCCAAGCUAUUUUGAUCUUACUCCCAUUGAAGGAACAAAAUCAAGGUGACGCCCCUACUGAAGGCAACAAUGUGGGAACAGAAUGUGUAAUGGACUAUAGUGAUCAAUUCACAACUUAUUCGAUAUUCAAUGGUAGAGAUGCAUUACUUCGAUGGGCUCGUGAACAAGGAAAAUUGAAUAAUAUUGUCAUUGUAAUUAAAAGGUCUGAUUAUGGAGGUGAGGGCAAGAGGAGACCUCGUGUAAUACUUGCUUGUGAGAGGAACGGUAACUAUAAGUCUUGCAAGUCUAGUGAGACAACUGAUAUAAGAUCGGAUGCAAAUAGUGAUAUGAAAAAAUGUGCUAGAGACACUGGUACCAAGAAAUGUGGAUGCCCAUUCUUGUUAAAAGGUGUCAAUAUUGGUGAUGGGGAUGAUUGGAAGUUGGAGGUGGUUUGUGGAGUACACAACCAUCCUAUUUCAGAGUAUCUUCAAGGUCAUUCAUUUGUGGGGCGACUUACUGAAGAGGAGAAUGCCUUGUUGGUGGACAUGUCUAAGAGUUUGGUGAAACCCAGAGAUAUUUUGGUCACCAUUAAAGAUAGAGAUGCAAUGAAUGUUUCAACUAUGAAGACAAUAUACAAUGCUAGGAUCCGAAAUAGAACCAAAGAAUUUGCUGGGAGAACCCAAAUGCAACAAUUGCUUACUAAGUUAUCCGAACACAAUUAUAUUGAGUGGCAUAGGACAUCUGGGGAUAUUGUAACUGACCUGUUUUGGACACACCCCAUUAAUAUUGAUAUUUUGCGCGCAUUUCCACAUGUACUUAUCAUGGAUUGCACCUAUAAGACUAAUAGGUAUCGUUUCCCACUAUUGCAAAUUGUGGGGGUGACAUCUACUAAUAUGACAUUCUCUGUUGCGUAUGUGUAUAUGAAUGCCGAGAAGGAAGACAAUUACACAUGGGCAUUGACUGCGUUGAGGAGUUUGUUGGAUGAUAAUUGUCUUCCUGGUGUUAUUGUCACCGAUCGAGAGUUAGCACUCUUGAAUUCUAUUACGUCUAUAUUUCCGAAAGCACGACAUUUAUUAUGUAGAUGGAAUAUUAACAAAGGAGUGUUGGCAAACUGCAAGAAGUUAUUUGGGACCCUCAAACAAUGGAAGCAAUUUAAUGAGGAUUGA